ACAGAGCCGACCACGGAAGCGACGACAGAGCCGACCACGGAAGCGACGACAGAGCCGACCACGGAAGCGACGACAGAGCCGACCACGGAAGCGACGACAGAGCCGACCACGGAAGCGACGACAGAGCCGACCACGGAAGCGACGACAGAGCCGACCACGGAAGCGACGACAGAGCCGACCACGGAAGCGACGACAGAGCCGACCACGGAAGCGACGACAGAGCCGACCACGGAA